ACAUCACUGAAUAUCGUGUAGAGAAAGACAGACUUCAGUCAGAGGAUAAGAAAUUAAGAGGGGUGACAUUUCAGGAAUUUGUUUCAAAAGUCACAAGAAAACUGAACUGACGAAAGAAUGUUGCUGGACGGGAUCAUCUUUGGGUUGCUUGCCUCUUUUGUGACAGUAGCCAGAAGUGGGACGGUUGAGGUGCUGGUGGAAGCAGGCUCUCAGGCUGUUCUGCCCUGUAAAUGCAGCACUGAGUCCUGCCAUCCUGCUUCUGUCAUCUGGAGCAAAGCCAAUGAAGGGACUGUUUGGAGAAAGGAAAGAAGCGGUCUACAGUACUGGGGAUCGAGCUGGUCACAGAAGGACGGCCAGCGUGUGCGAUGCCCGCACUCUCAGUUUGACAAAGGCGAUUACAGCCUGCAAAUCGAAAGAGUCAAAGAGGAGGAUGGAGGACUUUAUCUCUGCAGCAUUGGAUUCAGAACCCACGUUGUAACAAAUCGUGUUAUGCUAAGGAUCAUUAAAGUGUCUGCCAAUCCACUGGUUCCCACUCAGGGAGAUGAUGUGUCAGUGUCCUGCACUGUCACACCUUGGCCUAAAGGGGCUUUUGUGAAUUGGAUUUUGAACAACAAAGUAUUUAUCCCUACAACUGGAGUCAUCUCAAAUGGAGAUGGAAGUGUUUUUAAAGACAAGGCGACUGAGAGACUGACGGGCACCUGGACCUGCAUCGUGAACUACAUAAAAGUGGGAAGAGCCUCAACAACUCUGUCUGUGGCAGGAAUCAUUCAACCGCCCCAAGACGAUACCAAGCUGUAUGCCGCGUUGGGGUCUACACUCACUCUCCCCUGCGCCUUUUCACCUGGUUUAACCCCGACUGAGACUGUCUGGGAGAAACUUGAGGACGGGAAUUCAGUGACCCCAAAGAGCCGCGAUCCUUCUUUGUCCAGCAGUGAUACGUCUUACAGGAUUCAGGAGGUUUUGCUCGAUGAUAGUGGCAGAUACAGAUGUGCUGGGAAUGUAAAAGGGCAAACGCUGAGCCGCACGAUGCAGCUUGUCGUCGCACAAAUUGUCCAAAGGAAGAAGAGAGACUCUGUGAUGCUGACCUGCCAAGUGACCGACUCAAGUGAGAUCAAGGAAUAUGAAUGGGUUCAUGUGACCUAUGACCUCAACGGCACAGAGUCUGCUGGACCCGUCCAGAAAGGACAGACUGUCACGUUAAAGAACAGCUGGGGUGGCUGGACCUGUCGUUACUAUGGGAGAGAUGGUAUUUUGGGAAACGUUACAUACCAAGUUCCAAUGAUGAGUGGUCAGAGUGGGCAGAAGUCAUCAGCCUUCUCAAGUAACGCGGGCACCGUGACCGGGCUCAGCUUUCUGCUCCUCAUUCUGCUGCUGGUCCUGGCUCAGAUGUACAAAAAUCACCAAAGGAGAAAAAGAAUCUUUCAGUACCCUGCACUGGAGACGAUUGUUCACACCAUCUCCAAUGAGCAGGAAGAGAAAGAAAGACGCCGAGUGAAAGAGUAAAGACACCUGAAUUUGGAGGAAUGGCAGGAAAAAUUUUCAGCUCUAAACUGGAGUUGUUUGUUGGUUUUUUUACCACCGGAGAGCGCCUGGGGACAUUUUUGCACAUCUUUUGUAAAUAAUUUACCAGAGCAUAUUUUGUAGCAGAAAACUAAUAAAAUUACAACUAAUUAUCUUUUAUUCAGCUGUAAAUAGUCUUUAUUACACCAUGUGAAGAUUUGUCUGUAUGAUGGGAACAAAAUGUUUCCUCAAUAAAGUGCACUUGACAGAAAUAAGUUUGGUUUCAUUAGUUAUGUACAAUCCGAAUCCCACCUUACUGUUCGUAUAAAAACAAUAAAGAACAACAGAUAACAAAAUACAACUCUACAGAUUUGCUGUACUUGUCCAUUUACACAUUUUAUAUUUUUUUAUAUGUAUUCCAAAAAAGUCUAUUUUUCUUUCCAGCAUGUUGAUCUGCAAUUAACACUGACAGACAGAGAUCAUAAAUUCAAAGACAUGAGCUCAGGGAGUUCUGCCUACACCUGGCUACACUCCCCGUCCUCUUGCUCUGAAAAGUAGUUGAAACCAAAGUCAGCCAAAGAUCUGCUGAUUCCCUCCAUGAGUCCUUCGUCUCCGGGAGUCAAACGGUCCAUAACUUCAUCAUCAUCAACACACCAGCCUGGCCAGUCCACAUUGACGCCGUCUACAAAAACGGGACUGCUCAUCUUAUCAUACUCAUCCCCGUCCACCAGCUGCUCCUUCCAUCCUUUACUCACUGAGAGGCCCCUGUGCCUUAUCAGUGCCACAUCCUCCCACUCUGUGCCCCCGUCCCCACCCGUGGGUGAAGGUGUGGGGGGAAACGACGUUGGGGGAGGAAGAUGCUUUGACCUCACGUUAGUGAUUUUUAAUUUUUUGUCCCUCUUUACUCCCCCUUUUACCCUCUCCCUCUCUUUGGCUUUUUCCAAAAACCCCUCCAGUGGGGAGUUGGAGGGCUUGUCUUCUAUCUCACCAUCGUGUCCUGAGCCGGACGUGUCCACAGCCUGAGGUGAUGCUUGCAAGUAACUGGACUGCACAUGUUUCCCGUUGCUGCCUUCAAUAAUGAUGUUGGGAAUUGAGGAACUCCUAAGAGCUUUUAAUUUGGGCUUUUUGUUCUGGAAGCUCAUUUCUUGCAGAUCUGACUCAGGGA